AUGCGCUCAGGGGUGCAUCGAAAGCGCCUAGCUUGUGUUGAAUGUACACGCCGCAAGGUCAAAUGUGACAAGAUUUUGCCAUGUCGAAACUGCUCCAGAAAGGGUACUGCGUGUACUCGACCGCGAGACCGGAGUUCUCCGGUUUCAAGUAUCGCGGUUAUUGGCAGACAUGAGGAGACCUUCACCAGUCCCACUGCUGGCGCACUUGAUAUUAUUCAAAGGCUCGAAUCUCAAGUGAACCAGCUCGAAGCAGCGCUGGAAGAUUCCAGGGCUAGAGAAACUCAGCAGCCAACGCCAACAGUCAGGUCAACUUCUACACCCAGAUUACCAACGACAUCUUCACCUACAGCAGUGAAAACAUCUACACUUGAUCCGGAAAAUUCAAUAGGAGAGGUGGAAGAUGCAGCCACUAUCCUCGAGUUCCUAGCAUGGGGGCGUCGCAAAGACCCAACUUACCAUGAUGCGAUCAUCCAAAACAGCAAGCCGGAUCACUCACCAGGAGAUGUUACCGUUGAAGAUGAAGUCGACUACGCACAUUCACCUGGAUACAUGCCUUCAUCGAUAUGCCAGAUGCUUCUGCCGACCCAGCCAAAAGUCCUCCAACUGAUUAAAUAUCAUAUGGACUGUCUACUUUGGUACCAUGGCGCAUUGCACGCCACCACGUUCAUGAAAGAACUAGUCAAGUUCUACGACCAGUAUGACGGUCAGAUUGAUUCGCGUGGUGUAGACUUACAAUGGAUAGCUUUACUAUUUGCCAUCCUCACAGGAUCAAUGACCUGUGCGCCCCGUAGUGUCGCCCAAUCCUGGGGAUUCCACGGCGAGGAACAGGAGACGCUAUCAAAGCGCUGGCUGAAAGCCACAACAACAUGCCUCCAGCGAGCAGAAUAUAUGGCGUAUCAUUCCAUUUACUCUGUGCAGGCGAUUGCAACACUCACAAUCUCCGCCCAUAUGCUCGGAUACUCGAAUGGACUAUCAGUCCUACUUGCCUCGGCUGUCCGCAUCGCCCAAGGUCUCGGCCUCCACGAAAUGAAAGAAGACCAAGAAGCAACCCAAACAGCAGAAAAUAUUCUAAGUCGUGAGAUCGGCCGACGGGUUUGGUGCCAGCUCUGCAUCCAGGACUGGUUUUCAAUCCCCUUCACAGAAAGCUAUCUCCUCCACCAAGGCUUCACAACAUCCAAGCCCCAAAACAGUGACGACGACAUGAACCCCCUCCCAGAGCACACCCCAACAGUAACCAGUUACUCCCGUCUUUUCUACGACAUCGCCGCCCUAAUGCCAAAUCUCCAAGACGCCAUCACGACUUCUAAUACCCCCUACACGAAAUACGAACAAGUCCUCAAAUACGAUCGCAAAAUGCGUACUCUCGCGACGAAGCAUCUACCUUAUUAUCUCCAGAAUGUUCCUCUGGACCCGGGCUGGCCAUGCUAUGUCCCGUGGGCACGACGCAGUCUGGCGAUUAGUUCUGCACAUAAGGUUAUCAUGAUCCAUCGCAAAUUCCUCAGCGCUAGCUUUUCGAAUCCUAUGUUUGAGUUGACGCGGAAAACAUGCGUUGCGGCUUCAAGGACUAUUAUCAAGGAGCAGAUGGAGGCUGUUCGGGACGGGGGACCUGUGCUUUGGAUUCAUCAGGCUUUUAGCGUUACGGCUAGUAUUAUCUUAUGCCUGGAUCUUUUCCAUCAGUCUGGACCGGAGCGCGAGUCUUCAGAACAUAGACGACUUAUCAAUGGCGGCAUUGAGAUCUUGUCUCAGUGCCAGUCAGAUAUGAUUGCCAAACGGGGUGUUUCGUUGUUAAAGGCGAUGCUUGCAGAUGAUCAGUGCAAGACGUCUGAGCGAAGGUUAACCGUGGAAAUGCAUGGACGAAGAGAUAUCCACAAUGACAUGCCUGGCGCCCAGCGGUCCAAUUUUUUGAGUAUUCCGGCUAUCAUACGCAAUUUCUAUCAGCAAGAUCAUGCUCCUCUGGUUGGGAAACCACGACGUACUUCGGAGACAUCUGAAGUUGGACGUUGGCCCGAGUUGAUGAGAGAUGACCCUGUUGCUACGCCUGGCGUUGAUUUCUUGGCAUCUCUUGGAUUGGACUGUGUCGGGGGAUUGGAUGAGAUAUUGAAUAUGGCAACGGACUAUAUGAAUUAA